CCAUCAUGUGCGUGCAUGACACUAAGUACAUUGAGGAUUUAUUGCAAAUAUUGAACAUAUUUAAUGUAAUGCACUGAAACAUUGAGUAUAUCUUCUAAUCUGUAUCACAGUUUUCCGCAAAACAACGUUUCUAAAUAAUGUAAUAUAAUAUAUUUUUAAUGGAACAUUUACAUAAUCAAUCAGUAAAUGACAAAAAACUCAAGAGUUCAAAACAUAUACGAUUUUCUACUUCUCCAUCAUUUUCAUCUCCUGCAUCGUAUAGAUGUUUGCAAAAGUUCAGUAUACAUCCACCAUAUUUGAAUGUAAACUGCUCAGAAAAUUUGGAAAUUAAUAGUAAUAUUGAUCUAAGCAGAAGAUUCUAUCCAUUUAAUGGAAUUAAUCAACAUAACUUUAGUCCUUCGUUAUGGACUAAUCAAAAGACAUCCAUAUAUAAUGAAAAUUUAACACAGUAUUCAUUCAUAUCCGAUUUACUCAAUUUAAAUAGUUUAGAUGGCAAUAUAAUGAAAUAG